AUAAUUAAAUCAUUGCACGAGAUCUGUUUUUAAGUUCCUGUGAGAAUGAUGGGAAUAAAAAAUUACAACAAUUGUAUAUCUUAUUGAUGAGUACUCCCUUUUAUAUAUCAUUGCCGCGUCCAUGACUUUGAUCCAGUAGUCUAGUGAAGAUGGCCGAAAACAAUGGCAGUGGUUAUUGAGCUAACUUUCGGUUCCCCUUGUAUACUUGUCAACAAAGAAGUUAUCUUUAAUUAAAAAAGUAACUGAGCCACAUAACAUAAUCACACGUAUAUAUUAUGGCAACUGCUAUUCAAAAGAAUGGCAUGAAAACUUUAACGAAUACGUCGAUAAACCGUGUAGACGAUGUGAAUAAGUUGAACGAUUCAGGGAAAUGUAAAGAGGAGAAGGCUGAGAGGAUAUACGAUUGUCAGAUGAUCCAACCUUAUAUGGAGCCUCCUGAACAAGAGCCUCGCGAAUUGGACAUAGUUAUCAAUAAUGUAGUUUGUAGCUUCAGUGUUAGGUGUCAUCUAAAUUUAAGAGAGAUCGCACUAAAUGGAUCUAAUGUGGAAUAUAGGAGGGAGAAUGGGAUGAUAACUAUGAAAUUAAGAAGACCUUAUACUACCGCUUCUAUAUGGUCCUCUGGCAAAGUAACGUGUACCGGUGCGACCAGCGAGGUUCAAGCGAAGAUCGCUGCUCGCCGAUUUGCUCGCUCGCUUCAGAAGCUCGGGUUCAAAGUACGAUUCAACAAUUACCGAGUGGUCAACGUAUUGGGCACUUGCUGUAUGCCGUUCGCGAUCAAAAUCACGUCGUUCUCAUCAUGUCACAAAGAGCACGCGGACUACGAGCCAGAGUUGCAUCCUGGUGUCACGUAUAAACUAAGAGAACCGAAAGCAACGUUGAAAAUAUUUUCUACAGGAAGCGUUACCGUAACAGCUCCGAACGUUGCCGCUGUCCAGGCCGCAAUCGAACACAUUUACCCACUAGUCUAUGAAUUCCGUAAGGAGAGGUCGGAGGAAGAUGAGCUUGCCUUAACAACGAAGAAACGUAGAAUGGGAAUAAGUAAACGAAAUCGUAAUAAGUUCCUAAAUGAUCCAGAUUAUAUAUACGAUACGGUAUUCUCGGACGAGGAGGAGGAGGAAGAGGAGGUUGAGGUCGAGACCGACGCUAGCUGGGACUGAGCUCGUUUCAUUGCUGCCCUUCUGUUAAUUGUGAAACUGUUACACCUUACAUUAUUUCUCGUUCUCGAGAACGUGAGAGACGAAAAAAGAGAUAGGUACACACUGGUUUGUGCGGAAGGAAGUAUAGGCAGAAGUGUUAUUGCAAAGAGUGUAGUGAAGCAGUCGGUUUCUCUUACAGUCAGUGGAAAGACAGUGUGUGAGUGGUAGAGACACUUGGAUCACGUUGUCGUCAUCGCGCUAACAUCGUAUCGACCGAACUGAAUUUCAUCAUUGAUCAUUUUAUUAAUGUUACGUGUAUGUACAUAGAUAGAUACUAGGUACUCGUAUGUAUCUGUGUGCAUAUAGGUGUUAGGCAUAAAAUUUAAUGUUACACUCAUAUUCAUUUUGUUUAGGAAAUGAUUUCCCGACACUUUGUUUAAUCAUUUUUAUCUACUAUUUUUUUUUUUUGGUUCCCUUUAUUUUGACAGAGCAUAUCUCGUGUUUAAGUAAUUAAGGACAGUACCGAUGGGAACUUGUACUGUACCCAUGCUCCUAUGUAAUUUAGAUAAUGAAUUGAUACAUGCCGGCUAAGAUUUUUUUCAUUGUGUAUCAACGCAUUAUGCACCGAAGUAUUUCGACAGCGAUGGAACGUACAUAGAUUCUCGCUGUCCUUUGUUUUACUUCUUUCUACACAUACAGGUGUAAUCUAUAUUUUUUUUUUUGCUUAAUUAAUAUACUGUGCCAAAGAUGGAUGUUCAAAAUUUGAGGCAAAGCGAUCAAACUGACGUCUACGAAGCUAAAACAUCUAUUCCUAAACGACAAUUAAUCCUCGUGUUACAAUAGACAUGAAAAUGAAUUUCCAGAAAUCUGACAUCGAACAAGUUCGCCUGAUGUUCUUAGAUUUGAAAAUCCUUAGAAAACUUGUUUGAACGAAUGAAUUUAACGUUUAACGUUAUUUCUGUCUAUUCGCAUCGGAUAUAUUUAUACGCAAUAGAAAAUUAAUUAAAUACCCAAGAUUCGACUUUUACUAGUUAGAUUUAACGACAUUCUGCGGAUCCAGCUUCGAAUCGAAUUUUAGAAUAAUUUGUCAGUUAAAUCUCUCGUCUCUAUAACAAAGAAAUAUGCGUAAGGAGUGAAACUGAGAAUGUGUUUCAUGUUAUUUUUCGACGAUUGCAGAAAAUGAUUAGAGAGUAGGGUAGAUAUCAUGUUUUACUUAUCAUUUCUCUUAUAUAUUAAUCAUCAACGUGUAAGAUCUUGAUCAUCCUAUUUAUUUGUCACCUGCAGUAUCCUCAUGACUAUCAGUGCAUUUGGAUUUUGUUACGUGUUGCAUUAGCGUGUUACAUUGUCGUACACAGCUUGACGAAUGAUUAUUAUUAUAAUUCAUUUGCGAGAAAUAGUCCGAUUGAUAUCUCAUCGCGCGCUCUAAUUACGAAAAGCUUGACUGACACAAGGCUAAUCCUUUAAUCAUUCUGUUUACUACGAAACGAUCGUGCGUAUGCAAAAUUUUAUACAAUUAGCUUAAGCGAAAAUUGAAGUAAAAAAAAAAGAAAAAUCAUGUUUCGAUUACAUUCUAAUUGUUUAAGCGCAGUAGUGUGGAAUUUACGUAGACCAUAUAUUGUAAAUAAAUCGAGUUAUCCGAUUACCCAGGACUCGUACGCGAUCAGCUGUAUACUUUGCUAAGCGAGAAUCCGCGUACUCGGUAUAAUUGUUGUUACUAAUCAUGUGCAUCCUUAAUGAUUCUUCUUUGUAUCAUAAGUAUGUGUAUGCGAAAUGCAAAAGAAAAAAACCCUCGAUCGGCAAUACAUUUGAAUAUCGAGACGAAAGUCAAUCUGUACCUCGUGCCAUACAAUACAAGAUACCGUUUCACCCGUUCGUACGCUAAUCGUAAGUUCUGUUGAAUUUUCAUUGUUUAUCACGUCGACCUAUUCAUUGCUCAUCGAACAAUUUUUCAUUACGAAGCUCUGAUCACUGCCUUUAGUAAUAUUAAAACCGCAAAACGAUUCGAAUUCGAUGAAAUAUACAUGGCAAGAGAAAAACACUUUAAUUAUAACGCACAUAAUAAAUUCUAAUUAGCGGUGGAGAAAAAAAGAAUUCUUUUUACAAACAUUACAAUAACAAUGAUUCGAUCGCAGUGAAAUAACUUUCUGAAAUAAACGUCUCGCAAAUGUACGAUUGUAUGCAUGGAGUACAGAAGUAUUUACUUUUUAUAUACGGAGUUAUAAGUUUAAAUGUAAUUAUAUGAUUAGAGAUCAUAUCAUUUUUUGGAUGGCGUAAACGCUUCAGACGGAAUCCACAUUUUACUUGGAAUAACUAAAAUAAACAAAGAUUAUUUAUAUGUAUUCCUUCUUUAUACAUUUUCAUUCGGAAUCAUGACUGCUGAACAUGUUAAUUCUCUCGUUAACGUACGAGAGCCCUCUCUAUCUAUCGUUUAACUAUUUUUAAUUUUUUUAUAUUAAUAAUCUGUCGGAGCAUACAUACUGUUCUUUCUUUCGUGUCAGAUGAAAUUGUAUCUAAUGUCAAGGCGAAACUGCAGUGAUGUAUCACACUGGAUUUAAAUUAAGUCACAGAUGAAUAAAUAUGAUUGAAUGCAUUGACUGCCAAUCAGACUAUAA